UCCUGUCGAUGCUGCCUUGCUUGCUUCACAAGAAGGGGGAGACUACUUAGACGCCGAAAAGAACCCCAUCUACUCUCACACAUUCCUCAUUAGCCUGUAAUCUUUACCUUCAUUUUCUACGAGAUUUCUAGAUUAAUUUCAACAUGUUUCUCACUAGGACUGAGUACGAUAGAGGAGUGAAUACCUUCUCUCCGGAAGGUCGAUUGUUUCAGGUUGAAUAUGCCAUUGAGGCCAUCAAGUUAGGUUCAACUGCUAUCGGUUUAAAGACCAAGGAAGGGGUUGUUCUUGCUGUUGAAAAGCGUAUCACUUCAACACUUCUGGAGCCCAGCAGUGUCGAAAAAAUCAUGGAAAUUGAUGAGCACAUAGGCUGUGCAAUGAGUGGAUUAAUUGCUGAUGCUCGCACACUUGUGGAACAUGCACGUGUUGAAACUCAGAAUCAUAGAUUCUCAUAUGGUGAGCCGAUGACUGUUGAAUCCACUACGCAAGCACUUUGUGAUCUGGCUUUACGGUUUGGUGAAGGUGACGAAGAAUCAAUGUCUCGACCAUUUGGGGUAUCAUUACUGAUUGCUGGCCAUGAUGAGAAUGGUCCCAGUCUGUACUAUACAGAUCCUUCUGGCACAUUCUGGCAAUGUAAUGGGAAGGCUAUUGGCUCUGGUUCUGAGGGUGCUGACAGCUCUCUGCAGGAGCAAUAUAACAAGGAUUUAACUCUUAGAGAAGCUGAAACAAUUGCUCUUUCAGUUCUGAAGCAAGUUAUGGAGGAAAAAGUAACCCCCAACAACGUGGAUAUAGCGAAGGUAGCUCCAUCUUACCAUUUGUACACCCCUGCUGAGGUGGAGGCUGUCAUUGCUCGUCUUUGAAACCAUCCUCCAGAUAAUCUGGUCUACUUCGAUCUCUGUUACUUUUAGUACAAGUUUUUUGGCGUUGUAAUGCAUUCUCUUUCGCUUGGAGUUUCAACCAUGUAACAGUUCCAAUUUAUGCAAACUCACCGAGGUUUCUUGAAAGGAAUGAAGGAAAUUCAUACCUUAUUGAAACUUAAACAUUAGGAGAAUCAUAUUAGACCUUGAACACUAGAUAUUUUCUGUCCUUUUGUUAUUGUGCAACUAUGAAUUUUCUAUGCUAAUCUAAAUGAACCCCGUAACUGCA